AUGUUCGCAAGACCCUAUGUCUGCUUGACCUGUAAAAGGCCGGCAGUGUUCAGGCUAGUGAAACAGCCCCGGAGCCAAUCCCUUCAUGCGUCGUCGCCGUUUAGCCUUCCCCGCCGAAAGGACUUCUUCUCCUCAAACGCUUACCUCAACCAGAAACUCGCGAAAUCUGACGAUGCGACGGCCGAAUCGUUUGUUGAAUCACCGAAGCAGCGAAGAAGAAGUGGUAGAUCACCGGCGGCACCGACUUCGUUGCGCAGGGUUGCAGUGGAAGCUCAAAGAUCCAAGGAUGGAUUUUUAUCCAAGGCCCAACUCAAAGAGCAAGGGCUGUAUCAAACUAAAAAAACUGUGACAGCUUAUGCCGUAUCGGAACAAUUCAAUAUGCGGACAGUCAGAACUAUCCUCCAAGACAAAGGCUACGAGACGGAUCCGUUCGAGACGGGUCUAUAUCCUCAAGUCCUUCACAUCCAGGUUCCCCUAGACUCAGUCCGUCGCAUGAGCAAUCCUGCGGCAGUAGAUUUGCCUUCUGAUGAAGUGGGCGACGUUUUCAUUUUCCCGUCCGGUACAGUCGUCGCAUGGUCGCUUCCUGAAGGCUUUACAUCCUUCCUGGCGACUAGGACAUUACUUCCGGCAGCUGAGGGCUUUCAUGUUGAUGAUUUGGAGACGGAAGAUUUGGAAUAUGUCGAAGACUCCGCCCGAGAAAAUAGCAGCAUCAAGGGUGACACCAUCAUCCUUGGAACCAAGCCCAGUAGUACUGAACUCGAGUCACAGCUGGCUGCUAGACAGUCGGUAGAAACAGUCUUGACCAAAGUGGCCUUCUCCUCUGGACUGGCUCGAAGUACGAAGCUAGCAGUUUUAGAGACAUCGCUGUCGAACUAUUUUGAGUCUACUCGACCGAUCCCUACUCUUCUUUCACAGGGCUCACGCCUCCCCUUUACCAGAGAUUUUAUCCUCCGCAAGACUGGUCAGCUACUGAGCGUGCGUGCACAGCUGAACCUCUAUUCGGAGCUCACCGACUCUUUACCGGAUAUCUUCUGGGAUAGUCGACAUGAGCUUGGCCUAGAAGGGUACUAUGAACAGGUAGGAAGGGCAUUGGACGUAGGGAUCCGCAUCAAGCUCUUGAAUGAAAAAAUGGAUUAUGCGCAGGAAAUAGCCAGCGUUCUCCGGGAGCGACUGAGUGAGACACAUGGGCUCCGGCUGGAGUGGAUCAUUAUCUUGCUCAUUGCUGUGGAGGUAUGCUUUGAGGUGUUGAGACUGUGGAAGGAGCGACUCCAAGAAAUAGAAUCGCGCGAUGAUGGAAAGACUGCAGAAUAG